UUGCCUCCCAGCUUUAUAGACUUUUCACACAAGCCCGCCCAACGGCCAUAUCACGUGACCGUAGCGCUCAGCCGCGGGGGAGCGGAGUGACGCAGGGACCGCGCGGGAGGAGGGCGUUAAGCGAGCAGAGCGGCAGCGCCAACGGUUUCCUUUCCGCCUCGUGCCGCCGCGAGCGUUCCGUGUGUUCCUGCUCCUCCUGCCCCCACCGGCGCCAUGACCUCCCGCCGCCCCUCGGCUCCUCUGGGCUUGGCGAUGCUGCUGGUUCUUCUCGCCUCUUGCUUCACCUACCUGAACGGAGUCGCCGCGGGCGGGGAGGAAGCUGACUGCACAAACCGUAACACCUGCCUUUCCUGCCUUAAUAGUACCUUCAAACCAAAUGUUACCUGUUUGUGGCUAAAGUGUGAAGAAGAGAAACUUCCGACAUUGUUCCGAUGUACAAAUCAAACGAAAAACAGCUCUUGUAUUAUUUAUGAAGAUCAUCAACAAUGUUUGGCUAUUCCCAAUGGGACAACCGCCGCUUCCCCAACCAUCAUUCCUCCCACUAACACAACCGGAAGUCCCACCCCAGCAGGUAAUACAACCGCAACUACACAUCAAGUAACAUCUAAUAGACCUAAAACUACAGUAAUCACCACUACUGUACCAGGCACACAGUCACCCCGCAAAUCCACAUUUGAUGCUUCCAGUUUUAUUGGUGGGAUUGUCCUUGUGUUGGGUCUUCAAGCAGUAAUCUUCUUCCUGUAUAAAUUUUGCAAGUCCAAAGAUCAAAACUACCAUACCCUCUAGGAUAUUGCUUUUCAGAGGACUCGUAGCUCAACAUCUGUGGUUAGCUGAAUCAACAUCUAUUCCUUAUGGAAGACUGCAAUCCAAAAUAUACUUAUUCUUUAUGAAGACUUCUUUAAAAGAAUAUUUUUGCAACAUGCUUUGAAGAUUGUGUGAAUCAUGUCUUAAUCUGCAAGAAUACUCGCAAUAUUCUGCAUGAACCCUUAUUGGCUGUAUUAAAUGUACUGUAGUGGCUGCUGUUGCUGCUGCUGCUGUGGAACCUUUUCCCUCUAUCUGACAUGCCAAAUGUAGAUUUGUAUUCAAUGGCAGCAGUGUCUCAGUAGAGAAUUGCAGUGGUUAAAUUAGCUAGCCUUAGUUCUAGUAUUUCCUUACGAUGCUAUUAAAAUGUGAACUACUGAUGCCUUGGCAUAAAAAACUAUUUGUGAAAACUAUGGUUUAUAUAGUGUAUUGCUAGGAAAUUGUGACGGAUUUGUCCAAGUAAAUACUAUCUCUUCUCCCCCCCACUCCCCAUUACAAAAGCCCAAAUUUUUCUAUACUGGAUGAUUAACAGAAGGAAGCCCAGGAAGAAGUUGAUUAACUUCGUUUGUUUUUCCUUUGUCAGGAGAAAGACCAGUGCCUUAAUGAAUAGGCUGCAAAUUAAAAUGUUUAUGUCAUCUUAUUUGUUUGAGGUACAGUGAACAUCAUUCCACUUUCAGCAUAUAUUUUUCUAAUAGAUAUAAACAUGCAAUUAUGCUUAUUGUUAAUUUUAAAGAAAGCAGACAAGGAAAGAGACAACUGUUUUCUUUGUUCAUGUGCUGCUUCUGUUGCCAUGUCUUCAUAGCCUUUAAAUCACUUGUCUUGGAAAACACCAUUAGCAUUCUGUACAUUGAAAGUACUGUUUUCAGUUGGUACCCUUAGUGCUGUCGGAUAUUUCAAAGUUACAGUAAUUUGUGAUGGCUUUGUGACUAGUAUGUUUGAAAUUCUGUUCCCAUAUAGCAAUACAGUUCAGCUGAUUGGGCACUUGAAGCUUCUUUAGCUCAUGAUUUAUUUUGCAGGUUAUGAUGAACAUAGUUUUUAAAUGUUAUAAAUUCAGUUUACAGAUUCACUGCUAAGUGCUGCUCUUGGAUGAGCCUUUGGAGCUAGAGAAGGUUACAAGGGAUGCAGAACUUGCUCCAUUGUAAUAUCGGGAUUUACAGUACAUUUUGCGGGGGGGGGGGGGAGUAUGCUGCACCUCUGGACAUUAAAGUUUGACUAGUAUUCACUUAAAUAAUGUUACAUAAAAAGUUUGUUGAUAAGAAUACACAGCUAAUAGUACUGUAACUUAAACGUUCGGACAAUUGCACUCAAAAUAAGACAAUCAGCUCAGGUGUAUGAAUCAGUACGUUGGCCAGACAGUGGUCAGCAAGCAGCAUAUCUGAAUUCUAUGAUACUUAUGGCCUUACAAAAGUCAGUUGAUCUAGUUCCCUCUCUCUUAUGGUUCCAUAAAUUAAAGCUGAGGAUCUGAACAUAGUAUAAAAUAUAAUAGGUAUAGAUAGAAAGUAAUGCACUUGUAAAGAGUUGGAAGUUGUUGAAAAGGAGAACAUGUACCCUUCAUAAGCUUAUCCUUAGGAUGAUUAAACUCCUAAAAGGAAUUUAGUGUUGACUCCUUACUGGCUCUUACUUUAUUUUGUAAACUAAAGGAAUUGAAACAAAAACAGUGCUACAUGCAAUUCCAUGACUGAAAAUUAAGCCAAUAUUGUUACUGACCCAGGAAGAACAGCUGUUUCAGACCAUCAAAGAGCCCUGUAUUCUGUGCUGGUCUUAAAAUUAUAAAUCCUAUUUUAAGUGCCUUAAACUUUUUUAAUGAUUGGUUUCAUGUCUGAAGAAAUGUGAGGAGGGGAAUAUUAGUCACUAAACCUGCCCAGUGCCAGCAAUUGCUAUUUUCCAAGGACUUAAAAUUCAGGUGCCCCCUCUGCUAUUCAGGAAGUUUGCAUUUUCUACUUGGCUAGCAUAUAGCUGUGUGUGUAGGAUUUAGGAUAACUGUCUUUAUGCAGUGUCACAAAUACUUGGUCACCUAGACCAUGGUUGAUCAUCAGCUUACCAAAAUUCAGGCUGUGAGGGGCUGCUAACUUGCAAAUACCUAAAAUAACUCCCACAGCAUUUGACUCCUGUAUAUGAGGUUUUAAAAAUAUUAAAAAGCCUGUCUGUGUGGAACAGCUAAUCAUAUGGUUUCUAUAAAGCAGUAAAUUGUGACUUUCAGGUUUUAUCUGGAUUGUUUCAAAACCCCAGGUGUGCAAGUAUACUUCAUCAGGAAUGGAAUGUUAAGACAUUACUGUAUUGCAUAUGUGUAGUCUUCAGUAGAAGAAAUGCAAACUAAUAAUCACAAAACCAAAAAUAAUAAAUGAUUACUAAAAUGUUUUUGUGCAUCUGUUAAUAAAUUUGCAUCAACGCG